GGUAGGUAAAGGUAUCGACGGUCGAUGCAGAAAUGGCGUAAAAGCUACGUGGUAGAAUUUAUUAAAACAAGCGAACGACCCACUCGAUCCACGACCCCAUAAAUGGUUGUCGUCGCCGUUCUCACCGCACUUGCCGUCGGGUGGGGAGCCACGUCCGUCCUUAAGUGUUGUGGCGUCCACGACGAGCUAUCGACACCGCGUUGCUCUGCAAGGACAUCGCGUCGGGCCACGCUGGGCAAAGACAGCCAGCCCAAUGCAUCAACCGGCGUUCCAACGUCGACUCUAGUGUCGGAGGCGCUCAACCGGCGCGUUCUCGAUCCGUUCGAGGUGCAACGCACUGACGAAGCGAUUGCGAUGACAUGCGCCUUUCUAUGCUCGGAGCUUCAGCGCCUCAUGGUAGCGGCGCAAGCCUUUCGCGCAGACAGCAUCGCCGGGCCACUACCGGUAGCAAAGGGCGACCCGAUGACGCUCGUCUCACAGGGCAUUCCUCGCUUCGCAUCAACGCUGAUGUACUUGACGGCAUUUCGCGCCGAGUUCGAGGCGACGGGGCAAUGGGCCGACGUCGUCACGUGCAGCUGCGCCUUUGAGCAGCUCAGUGCGCGCUGCUGGGACGAGUACUCGCGACGACCGGGCGUCAUACAGCAAUAA